AUUAAACGAACGAUGGACUUUUGGGUAAAGCUAGGUAGAUUUAAGAAUGAGCGAUCAACUAUCUCUAUGUGUCUCUUAUCAUACCAGUGCAUGAAUAUAGAAAUGUACUUUUACCUUUAGAAGAUACUGCAAGCAAUUAUGAUGCAUAUGUGGUAUUGGUUGGGAAAAGACCUGGGUACAUUCUUGUUUCCAGGAUACAAUGUUUCCACUACAUAUGCUUUUGUGUCUACUUGUAUAGGUUUAAUUAGUCUUGCAAUAUUAUAUGAGGCUAUGAAAAUAUCCCAGAUUAAAUUGGAACAAAUUGCGAUAUUUAAACAAAAACCUGUUUCUAGAUCUUCAGAGAAUUCUUCUUUGUUAUCUAAAAUGUCACCAAGAUCCUUUGCUUCUUUCUCUUCUAUGAAUUGUCCAAGCUGCGGCAAAUGGAUAUUACAAGUACUUCAUUGGUCUAUUCAUACCACGCUUGGUUAUAUACUUAUGAUGGCAGUUAUGACAUAUAACAUAUAUAUUAGUAUUGCUCUUGCCAUCGGAGGUUCCUUAGGAUAUUGGAUAUUUGGUCCUGCCUUGAUAGAAUUAAAUAUGAGUCAAUUUCGAGAAAGACAAAAGAUCGUUAAAUGCGACAAGGAAUGUUCAGAUGCUAUUCUGAACCAAGAAAGACGCGAGUCUGCUGUCUCUGUUGUUGCGGAACAAUUGGUAUUAGAAGCAACAGCAGAGAUUCAUACACCAAGAGAUGUCUGAGAAGAUAGACCUCCUUGACUCGAUUGGAAUUAAUCUCAAAUGUACAAUUCAGUCGAAAGAACAAUUUAUACUUUUUGCAACUCCAAUCAUUACUUUUUAUUAUUUGAUGAAAAUAUUAUUAGAUACGUAUUUGUGGUUACAAUCAUGUACAAGGGAAAGUACAACAAAACGAACAAAGAAAUAAAAAAUAAAAUCAUUGAAAACAAACAAGACAA